AUGAGCAACAAUAACGACAUCCCCCACGAAGACACCGACAUCGGAAAAGUCGAGGCUUGGUUAAAUCACUUUUCUCAGCAAGACGGCGAGGAAAAUCGGCGGUGGAUGAACAACCUCAUACCCAACAUCAAAGUCCUAUCUGCAUCAUCCGCUCUCCCCCAUCCCUCGGUGAAAUUUUCAUUCACCGUCGAAGGCAAGCACACCAACGGGUUUAACAACAUGCACGGCGGCGCAGUAGCAUCGCUUCUCGACUUCUGUACAUCGUUGGUCCUUGUGCUCGUCAGCAAGCCUGGUUUCUGGCAGACCAUGGGCGUUAGCCGCACCCUCAACACCACGUACAUGCGCCCCGUGCCCGCCGGCAUGGAGGUAGUCGCGGAGUGCGAGAUCCUGCAGGUUGGUAAGAGACUGUGUGCGUUGCGAGGCACCCUGAGAAGAAAAAGUGACAAUGAGUUGCUUUGUAUCUGUGAGCACAACAAGGCGAAUGUUGAUGUUGUUGACCCAGAGCCCUCUAAGCUUUAA